GCCGGGUGGACUCAGGUUCAGUUAACUUGGUGUGGAAGCAUCUGCAACGGGCGCUCACACAAUACACGACACUCCGCUAUGGUUAGUGUAUUUAUCCUGCACAGCCGUGUCCGUAUGAAGUGAAAAAAAUCAGACAAUAACAAUGAAUGCUCAAGAUGUAUACAAAGACGAGCUUCUGAAACAUUUUUCGGAUGCUGUGAAGCAGGUUCAAAUGGAGCAAAUGUCAUUAGAGCAAGAGAAUGGAUUAUAUGGUAUUUCUAAUGACAGUCCUACAGCAAAGAUUCUAUGCACAAGUCUUGAUAUGAUAUUCUUACAUGGUUUAAAGCACAAGGAAUAUGGAUGUUGGGAAGCAGUUCGAUAUUUCUGUCGGAAUGAUAUUCUUCGGCAAAUUGAAAAACUUAGAAAUGUUAAAACAAAUCUGGGAAGAGGAAGAGCAUGGAUAUUUAUUGCAUUGAAUGAAAAGGAAUUUGAAGGUUUCUUGCAAUCAUUUCAGAUGGAUAUGAAUCAUAUUUAUAAAUAUUAUCAUAAGUCAGCCAUGUUAUGCAGCAGUCAGGUAUUCAUCAUGCAAACAUUGAUAUCAGGAUUGGACCAUGUGACUUUCAAGCUAAAUCCAGACCUUUCUCACCUGGAUUUCAAAAUUGCUGGUCCGAAAGUCAUUUCAAAUUCAACUGUUCGCACUGUGAAUCAUCGACCAACAAAUCAACCAGUUCGUGGUUCAAGUGUACAUAUCGAUACAGGUGCUGUCACUGACAUGGCUGCCAAGACCAGUCAAAAAGCAGUUGGAUUUGUUAAAGGACUAUUGUCUCAUGAGAAUUCAUAUGAAGCUAAAUCAAUAGGCAAUAAAACAACACUCGUUGCUGUUAAUUCCGCUCGAUUUAAGGCAGCAAGGAAGGAAUGUCCUGAUUGUAAAACCAGCAGUGAACUAAUAUGUUUGUGUAUAAAGGAAAAUCAUCAAAUGCAAAAUACUUCAGUGCCUAGUUCUAAUGCCAAAUUAUUAGACUCUAUUUUUAAUAAAAGUGGUGAUAUAUCCGAAGCCUCUAUUUCUUCAGUGCCUUCUUGUUCCAACCAACGUGUCAAUCCUUUUAAUAAAUUAUCUACUGACAAAAAUGAGGUGUCAAUGGCAGAAUCCAAUUUACGAAGAUUUGACCAACAUAUGCCAAUUGUUGACACUCCUAUUGAAGUUGUUAGGAAAAAGAAACAAAAGAAAAGAAAUAAAAAGUUCUCUGAUUCAGGAAGUGACAUUUCCACCAAAAGUGAAGAUAUAUUGGUUCAUUCAAUAAGAAGAAUAAAAACGGAUGUAAUAAAAAGAAGGGGGAGCAUGAAUGAUAUCAUCCUCAGUGAUCCUCUCAUUGGAUUUGAUCCUGGUGUAGAAGAAUGUGAAAGUACUCCAAGUUUAUAUAGUGACCAUCUUUCUGAUAUUGUCCAAGCUUCUGCAUCUGAAUUGGAAAAUAUUAAUCCUAAUCAUGAAGGUGCGAGUCAAAGUCAAAUAGGUGUUAUGUCUAGCACUGAGGGUGAUUAUAACGCUAUUUCUGAAAUGUGCAAUAACGAUCAACUAACACAAACAUUUGUAUCUAACCAAUCUGCAUGUUAUGUUUCUUCUCAGGGUAGCUUAAAUACUACCGGUACUAAUGAUAGGGUAGAAAUUACAACCGGAUAUAAAAAACCCAUAUCUGAUAACAAUUUGGAAAGUACUACAUCCAUGACUGAAAAUUCAGCUGAUACAGGUAAUGGAAAUAUUGAGGAUAUUAUGGAAGAAUCUACAAUGACAUCAAAUUUGGAAGAAAAUUUGUCUGAAACUUUAAACAGUGAAAGUGAAAAAGAUCUCCACAAUAAUAUAACUGAGACCAAUGUUCCAAAAGAAAAAGUAGUAUCUAAUUCUACAAUAACAGACAAUGAAAAUUCUGCUGAAAAUGUUGAAAAUACAGAUAUGAUGACUGACGUAGUAGUAACAACUUCUUCUGAAAAUGAAAAUCUGACAACCAUCCACCCAGAUGUGAGUGAAAACUUAAAUUCAACUGAUGAUUCUUCUAGUGUUAAUAAUGACAAUGUUUCAUUGAGAAGUGAUGAAGUGUCAAAUCAAAAAUCAGUACCUGAAAGCAAUGCAGAUUUCAAAAAUAAUAACUUUGAAAAGUUGUCUGCAUCAUUUGGGGGAGCAGAAACAAAAAAUACUCAUAUUACUGGAAAGAAGAAGCGUACAAUGAGAAGGUAUCGAUCUGAAUCUGAAGAUUUAUUGAAUGCUUUAACUAAGAAAGAAGUAGAAAGAUUAAGAGCUGAAAUUCAAAAUAAAUUAAAACCAUCUCAAGACAGAUUAGAAAAAGUUCGAAAGUCAAUUGCAGAAAAAAAGUCAUCUCGAGUAGGUGUUGGUAGUUUUCAUCAUGAUUCUACUUUCAUGUUAGACGAAGAUCGAGAUUCUGAGGCUUCCUCAUCCUCUCGACCACUUUUUGAUGACUUGAGUGAUGAUGCUCAGUCCACUCUCAGUUUUGACAAUGACACACAGGCUGAUGAGGAUGUUAGUGCAUGCACAGGUGACUCUUCAAGUUUAUUUAGUGAGUCAGCAUCUUCACUGCCCGCUACAUGGCGAACUGUUGUAAAUUCGGCAAGUAAAAAAAUUCCCAAUUCCAACAUUAUUACGGAAAGUGAUUUGCCUCACAGAGCAGUAGCUGAUAUUGACAACACGUUGCGUUUGUAUCUUAUGUUGGAAAUAUUAAUGGAUGAAAAUGAAGCAUUCAUCAAGAUGUUUCACUUGAGCACUGGCCAUGCAGAGGGUAACUGGACUCCAUUGUAUCUCCUGUUUACGGAUUCAUUUGUAUAUUUUCUUCGGAGUGGAGAUGGGAGUUGUCCUUAUCAACCUGAAGAAAUUGUUUCUUAUGAAGAUCUUGAUUAUAUUGCUGUAGGAAGUAAUAGCCAGACAAUGCAGUUUGUUUUUUAUAAAAACAAAUCCAGACCUUCAAAAUCAAGUAAAGUUGCCAGAGGAAAAGUAAGAACAAAACUAACUAUUGAUACUGCAGAUAAGAAAUUAACGGAAUUGAUAAUAUCAAAUUUAUCAAGAGCAUUGGUUUCAUUCACGAGGCAACAAAGUGUUAUUAAAGUUUGUCCACCCAUAUUUCAUGAUGCAAAAGAACAUCAAAUAUCUUUAAGAAAAUAUAUGGUCGCUGAAGGUUUGACUGGUGAUAUUCAAUUGUACCAACUUAUCCACUGGGAAGAUCCUAAUUUUGUAACUGGGGCAAGCAUGUCUAAAAUAUCUAUGGAGGGAACUUUGAAAUACAGAGCAGUUACAUUCUGGGGAUCAACGUGGAGAUCUGCCUAUUUUGUAUUGAAUGGAGGAAUUCUUUAUCAAUAUGAAAACAAAGAUAGUGAAAAGCCUUUUAUUAGUUAUGAGUUAACACGAAACAACUGUGUUGGAUGCAAGAGACUGCGAUCAACGUCUUUCAAAACCCCAAGCCUGCAGUUUGAAAUUGUUUUCGCUGAUGAAACCAAGAUAGAAUUGUGUGGAUACUCAGACAUUGAAGUUACAGAAUGGUUGCAAUGUUUAUGCAUGAUCGUGUCUUUAGAUCAGUCAUCAUUGAUUGACAAAGAAGGUCCUCCUGAUGGUAUUGUUAUGAACAUGUUGCACCAUGAUGCUCUCGUGCCAUGUAGUAUGAUUAUUGUUGAUGAACAGUUAUUACUUUGCCACGAAGAUCAACAUACUGGAUUUUGUCGGACACUGUCAAAAACCUUUGCUCGUGACAUCACACAAAUUAACAUUGAUAAAAAAACAUCACUUGUAUGUGAAAUUGUCAUCAAUAUUUGUUCAGAACAACCUCAGACGUUAAAUUGGGGAAUAUUUUUUUCUUGUGUUGAAGCGUUAGAGGACUUUUUAUCCGUGAUGAAUUCAUUCUCUAAAGCUCCAACAUUGAAUGAUGCAGGCAGCAAAUCAUCAAUGACACAUUACCUUGAAGCUAGAACUUUGCUUGAUAAUCGAUGGACGAGGACAGAUAACUUAUUAAAGGGAAGGGGUGGAAGUGUGGAAAAUUAUACUUUUAUUUAAUAAUCUUGGAUAAAUAAAAUUUGAGAUUAAAAUCUUAGUUCAGUAUUGAAAUUGCUUCGUUCCAGCUUAUUAAAAUUGGUGCCAAUCCAUGACAUUGAUUGCAACCUAAAAUUGACUUUUUGCCCUUGAGCGGAAGAUGUAUAACAAGAUUUAUACUAUCGUAUUUCACAUUCUGGAUCAUACUGAUGGUUUACAGGCUGUAGUGUCACAAGCAUCGCAAAGUAAGUCUUGUCAAAAACAAGGCAAUAUGAACUUUCACUAUGAUUGAAAUAUUCUGGAAAAAGAUGUGAACCACUCCAUGUUACCUAGCCCAUAAUUGGUGGAGAAAGACAACAUCUCUCACUUGAUGCAAUUGGCAAUAAGUAGUUGUACAUAUGUAUAGUUCAAUAAAGCUUGUUUUUAUAUUCUCUGGAGACGUGUCAUAUUUUAUGCAACUAUUUAUCAAUACAUUAUAUUUUAGAGUUCAAC